CCAUUGUAUCCACUCAAAAUAUUAAAACUAGCAAGUACAUUCAUCUCAAGUACAACCCUCAUAGGUAAUGAAAGAAAUCAUACAAAAUAAUGCCUAUUCCCUACUUGAUACUUUAGAAACUAACCCCAUGAUGUCAAUCUACUUCAUUGUCCCUAUCAUCUUCUUCUCCUUCUUCAUUCUCUCAAGAAUUAGCCAGAAAAAGUUUCCACCAGGUCCCAAUGGGUGGCCUAUAAUAGGCAACAUGAUGAUGAUGGACCAAUUGACACAUCGUGGUCUAACAAAGUUAGCACAAAAAUAUGGUGGCAUUUUACACCUCCAAAUGGGAUAUCUUCGUAUGACGGUAGUGUCAAGUCCAGCUGAAGCCCGUCAAGUGCUACAAUUGCAAGAUACCGUAUUCGCCAAUCGUCCUGCAACUAUAGCCGUGAAAUACUUAUCGUAUGAUCGUGCUGAUAUGGCUUUUGCUAACUAUGGACCCUUCUGGCGCCAGAUGAGAAAAUUAUGUGUCAUGAAAUUUUUCAGUCGUAAAAGGGCUGAAUCUUGGGACUCGGUUCGUGAUGAAGUUGAUUCCAUGACAAGGGUUGUUGCCACUAGCACUGGUUUGAGUGUCAAUAUCGGUGAACUCGUCUUUGGAGUUGCAAAGAACAUUACCUACAGGGCGGCUUUUGGAACGUGCUCAGACGGAGGACAAGAUGAGUUACUAAAUAUUAUGCAGGAAUUUUCGAAGCUUUUUGGUGCAUUCAACUUGGGAGAUUUUAUACCUUGGCUUGGAUGGGCAGAUCCACAGGGGUUAAGUACAAGGAUUCUAAAAGCUAGGGCUUCACUAGAUAGUUUCAUUGAUUCAAUAAUUGAUGAUCAUAUACUGAAAAAGAAGGCGAAUAAUUAUGAUAAUGAAGUUGAUGGUGACAUGGUGGAUGAGCUCCUAGCUUUUUAUGGUGAAGAAACAAAAGUGGAUGAUUCUGCUGAUCUGCAGAAUGCUCUGAGUCUUACGAGAGAUAAUAUUAAAGCUCUUAUCAUGGAUGUCAUGUUUGGUGGCAUAGAGACAGUGGCAUCAGCCAUAGAAUGGGCCAUGGCUGAGCUAAUGAAAAGCCCAGAGGAUCUCAAAAGGGUACAACAAGAACUUGCCGAUGUUGUUGGCCUUCACAGAAAAAUAGAAGAAACAGACAUUGAAAAUUUAACCUUCUUGAAAUGCUGCAUCAAAGAAACUCUCCGUCUCCACCCUCCGAUUCCUCUGUUAAUCCACGAGGCAGCCGAGGAUGCCGCCAUCAAUGGUCACUAUAUUCCGGUUGGAUCGCGUGUUAUUGUGAAUGCGUGGGCCAUUGGACGUGACAAAAACUCAUGGGAGGAUCCUGAGAGUUUUAAACCUUGUAGGUUUUUAAAAGAAGGUGUAGCUGAUUUUAAAGGUGGUAACUUUGAGUUUUUACCAUUUGGAUCCGGCAGAAGGUCUUGCCCAGGUAUGCAACUUGGGUUGUAUGCAUUUGAAAUGGGAUUGGCUAAUCUUCUUCAUUGCUUCACUUGGGACUUGCCUGAUGGAAUGAAGCCAUGUGAUGUUGAUAUGGAUGAUGUUUUUGGACUCACUGCUCCUAAAGCUACUCGACUUGUUGCCGUGCCAAGUCCACGCUUGUUCUGUCCACUUUAUUGACCAAGAUUCUCACUUUGUGAUUUUUUUUGAAUUCCUACACAUAUUGGAGUAUAAAAAUUAAAAGUAUGACCUUCGGGUGUGGCUGAGUUGGUUUGAGGGGAGGCCUCCCUAAGGGGAGGUCACGGGUUCGAACCCCCCCUAAUGCCUUUUCAGUCGAGUCUGUCGCACAGGGUUUGCCUAGUGCGGUUCACAUCCCCUGUGAGGUUUGCAGGCUAUUUCACAGGGGGGGUUUACCCAGUGCUCACCCGAAGGGCAGAGGGUGUAACGGCUGCGGGUUAUCCUGGAGUUUUCAAAAAAAAAUUAAAAGUAUGCUCAUAGAUAUAUUAUAGGUAGAAAAGCAAGAAUUAAUUUCUUGAAUGGGUUAACAGGAGUCAGGAGGGAAGAAGGGUUCUAUUUUAAGAUUUGCUUUAUACAUUCCUCCUGCUCUCCUUUUCUCUCUUUUUCUUUCUUUUUAGUUCCCUUUUGCUCUUCGAAAAUAACAAUGUAAUCAAAUAACGACUUAUUUCCUCAUUGAAAUAGUUUUGUAAUUUACCUUG